CUUCGACUUCGUUGAGAUAAACUCUUUUCUUUUGCGCACUCGAUAUGUCAUCAAAGUUGAUCGUUUUUCUCGUUGCGAGUGUUUUCGUGAUGGCUUUGAUUCAAUCCUCUUUUGGCUUCACUUAUACCACAGGAUGGGGAUGUUUGAAUAAGACGCAGACGCAGGCUUUGGAGAAGAAAAUGAGGCAGCAGAUGUCGAAGAGGACGUACGACUCAUCGAGUCGCUUAUCGAAUACCGUUGAAUUGAUUGAAACCAUAUGCACUAUGCUUAAAAAUCAAGUGGAAAGGAUUGGGUCGUGUUUCGACGAGAGCGAAUACUCUGAUGGAGAAUUUAUAGAAAAUUAUUGA